UAAAACAUCGGUGAUGCAGAGCACAUUAUAAGUCUGCUGUAUGCAGAUUUUAAGGAAAGUGUGCAUCCCUCUCUCACUCAGGAUUUCCAGUGUUGUUGGAUGCACUGAUGACAAGCAUAUCCCCAUCUCACCUUCUGAAAAUGAAGCUCAUUACUGUAUGGAAUAGAAGGAUGCCAGAUGGAGGAGUAGCUAGAUGCCGUAACCACAGCUGUUAAAUCAACACAAAUUAUUCACAAUUAUUUUGGUCAUCUUUGUUUCCUACAAAUACAAAAGCAAAAGAUAUUCUUUUUACUUUUGGAUUUUAGAAUUCUUCCAAUACUUGACCAUCUCCUCUUCAUCUGUCAGAGGUGCUGGUGCUGGUUCUCCCCCCUUUUUGCGAGCCUCUGCCAUCUUGCUGUCGACAACUCACUGUAACACGUCCAGCCGGUGGCAGUAACAUGCAGCAAUAACCGAUCGACUCAGCAGUGGCAUUACAUUUGUCCAGCAGUAUGUUGAGGCAUUGGGGGUUUGCGGUGUUCCUGUUAACCGUCCCGAUACCGGUCCAACCCAGACCCACUAACACUCUCAGCUACAGACAGCGGCGUUCAGUGGGUCACGCACAGAUGAUGCACGACAGGGGUCGAUCCCUGCAUGACCGGAAGAGGCGUACGUUUAUCCAGGAUCUGCUCGAGCAGGUGCACACGGCUCAGGUGUGGGACUCCCCCGGUCAGAGCGAGGGAAGCGUCCAGACCCCGCUGUGGUCCACCGCCCACCGGCCCAAACCCUUCGGCAGCACCAAAAACUUCCCCUUGAGCUUUCAAAUGGACACUAUAAGGACGAGAGACGACCUGCCGCAAGAGACCAGCAAGACCCUGAGAUACCAGGAGCAGCCACUGAAAGCUGUGACCAAGAGGAAGAGGAAGAUGAGUUUGGGAAGAUGGAGAGACCCGGAUAGGAGGAGAGACAGGGGUGUGUGGCUUCCAUAUGCAAAUACCGAUUAGAGACCAAUAAAAGAGCCUGGAUAAGAAUGAAGGGACGGUCACACUGACAGUGAUUCGAAGCAACAUAGCAACGGAAUCUGGACGAAUGGAGCAGGCUUUAUGCAAAUGAACAGUGAUAGGAUGACUUGCAAUGCUUAAUAGAAGAGACUUCAUCACUGUUGUUGGUGGAUGCACCUUUAAAAUGUAAAGUUCAAAAAAGACUAUUUCACCAUGGCAUGGGAUAUGAGGGCUCUUCAGCAAAAAAGUGACUAAAUCAUGGUUUGUUUUUCAUUCAAAAUAAACUCUCUAAUCCGUUCUCUAUUCUAGAGCUUCAUUUGAUAAGUAGAAAGCGCUUCAUAUACAAACUAAUUUGCAUUUGUUAUAAUCAGAAUUCCCUGUUUUAAAUGUAUUCAUUCAGUCAGACAUUUCAUGUAAUAUUUAAUUUAUUUGAUUGGAAUAUUUAUUCCCUGAAUGUAUCUCAAUGCUGCUGAUUUUGAUGAGAUUUUCAAAUGCACUUUAGAUAGUUAUGCUGGUCUACAUUCAGAUUUUUGGUAUUUUUCUAUUUUUUGAAAUUUAUU